UAGGAAAGUUCCCUUUACUAUUUCCCCAUUCCAAACAAAAAAGCUUCCAUUUCAAUCCUCCAUUUUUUUUCCCUUCACCAGAAAUUAUAUAUACACAAAAUAUCUUCCCCUUCACUCUCUCUCUAACAUUUUCUCUCUCUAAAACAUACUCAACAUCCAUGGCCAUGCCUCUCUCUCUCCCCUUUACCAAAAAAAAGAAAAAAUCUCAUCUUCUUCUUCAACAACAGCAGAACCAAUCAUCUUCCUCCGACGACUGCUACACCCCGAUACCGUGCCGCCACGACGAAAACUACAUCGUUUUACCGAGUUUUCUCCACCACCUUAUCGUUCGUUUCGCCACUAAACGAACACUCGUCAUCGUCGGACUAAUCUUCCUCUUCAUCUCCGCCGUGUACUUUUUCUGGCCGUCUGAUCCUGCGAUCAAGAUCGUACGGAUGCACUUGAAUAAAAUACAUAUUCACGCAUUGCCGAUCAUCAGCAUUGACGUGUCGUUGCAGGUUACUAUAAAAGUAAGCAAUGUUGACGUGUAUUCCAUGGAUUUUACAGCGCUGGAUAUUGCUCUUAGGUAUAGAGGGAAGAAAUUAGGUCACGUGAAGUCGGGUAAAGGUCACGUGAGGGCAAGAGCUUCGUCCUACGUGGAUGCUGAGCUGGAGUUUAGUAAGGUAGGUGUGUUGUCUGACGUGGUGUUCUUGCUUGAGGAUUUGGCUAGGGGUAAAGUGCCGUUUGAUACCGUUACUAAAUUUGAUGGCAAACUUGGGUUCUUGUUCUUUGAGAUCCCUAUGAAGGCGAGAAUGACAUGUGAAAUUCUGAUAAAUACAAUCAAUCAGACAAUUUUUCGUCAAAAUUGCGGGAGCGACUAAGAUGUGAAGUUUAAGGAAUGAUGCAGCAAAAGCUAAAAUGCUAAGGUAUAUAUUGGUCCCUUCAUGUGUAUAUAAAACAAGGAUUUUGCUAAAAUGUCACAUUAUAUAUAUGUAAAUUUGGGUGGUCAAUGUUAUGCAUAGUUUUGUUUAUUACACAAAAUUGAACAUGAAACUCUCGAAUAUCACACAAUUUUACUUUUUUGUGGCCAUAUAGAAAAAAAAUUAAUAUAAAUAGACAUAAAUAUAUUAAACAAGGAAAAAAUAGCUCAAUUUAUGCUAAUUUUAUCUAUUAAUAGAAACUAAUUAUUUAUGGUUCCUUUAAUUUAGCUAUAACAAAAUUUUACUAAACUUAACCACAACAACCUCUAUAUAAUUCAACUUUUUCUUUGUUUUCUUCAUAUACUCAAUUAAAACAUUUAUAAAAACAACACUUUUGAGCCAUAAUCUUGAAAGAAAAUGGAGUUCAGUAAGUCAAUUUCAAUCAUCUUUUUAGUUUCAUAUUUGUUUCUUUCGUCGUCCACCAUGUCCUCCGCGUCAACCAUGAAAUCCCAAUCGGCAACUCAAACUCCAUCGACAUCUUCGAAGUCGACUCCCGUCGAUGGUAUAUGCAAGGUUACUACAAACCCUACAAAAUGCGCUAAGGUUCUUACUCCAUUGUUAAGCGGAUCAUCAACGGAUCCCGCUUCAGUUCUCAACUUGAUUAUAGACACCGCGUCUAAGAAUGUAAAAAUUGCAGCUUCCGUGACCGAUAGAGCGAAAAACGCUCCAUCAAUACCGGAGGAAAUGUCCGAGCCCCUUAGGAUUUGUUCAGAAUCUUAUGCUGGGGUUAUUGCGAACCUUGUUAAGUCUCAAGACGUUAAAGCUGUUAAUGGUGCACUUUCAGGUUCCAUUGCAUCUAUAAAUGCGUGUGAUAAAUCUUUUGCUGAUCAUCCACACAAUAGAUCACCCGUCAAGGAGAUUGAUGCUACUAUAGUCGAAUUGCUCGGAUAUGGAGUGGAUAUUUCUAAGAGCUUAAUUAAAUAAAAAAGAAUCAGUCAAUGGCCUCUCAACUUUGUCUACUUUAAUUUAAUUAUUAAUAUAUCACGGCAUGUAUAGCCUAAUAGUAGGAAUAAAUUUGAGAUUCUUCACUUUUCAUUCUAUUGUAACAAUAAUAAAAAUUUAAAUUAAAGUUAGCUUAUUCAUCCAAAA